AUGGUGGAACAGCAGGUGAUCUGCCCUGAGGUAAUAAAAAGGAAAGGUACAUGGUGCUGGUUACAUGUUUUACCGGCACAGGCUGUCUCUGUAGUAGUCAGAACAUUGUAGCCAACUUUUUGACAUUGUCUGGCAACAUUCCCUGAUACCUGUCGCUUAAGUGUAAGUGAACCCUAAGAUGCAAAAAUCCUUCUCAGAAUUCAGGAAAUUCACACAGAUUUUUACUUAAGCCCACUGCUUCAGACUUUCUAGCUUAAUGUGUAUUUAUAUUGGAGGUCCGGUACAGCAGAAGACACAUUUCAGUCUUGUAUGGAUUAAUAAACUAUUCUUCAUCUGUCCGUGAACCCUUUAGACGACGGCCCUCAGCUGAAGCUCCUGUGCGGCGCGGACGUCCUGGAGUCCCCAACCUGUGGAAGCACGAGGAUAUCGCAGGCCGCUAUUUUACAUUUUUUAAAACAUUUUUGUCAUUUAGCAGACGCUCUUAUCCAGAGCGACUUACAGGAGCAAUUAGGGUUAAGUGCCUUGCUCAAGGGCACAUCGACAGAUUUUUCACCUAGUCGGCUCGGGGAUUAGAACCAGCGACCUUUCGGUUACUGGCACAACGCUCUUAACCACUAAGCUACCUGCCGCCCCGCUAUGGCCUGGUGUGCAUCACCCGCAACGGCUGUGACGCCCACAAGUUCAUCCACCAAUCGGAGGUGCUGUGGAAGCACCGCAAGAACAUCCACGUGGUCCGCGAGUGGGUGACCAACGAGAUCUCGGCCACGCACGUGCGCCGGGCCCUGCGCCGGGGCCAGACCGUCCGCUACUUACUGCCGGACCCGGUGGUGAGCUACAUCUGGGAGCACGGCCUGUACAGUGCCGAGAGUGAGCAGAAGAACGCUGACGUCAUCCUUGCCCCGCUUCAGAGACACACCGGCCCCUCCUCCAGCUGAGGUGGCCAGCCAUAUUGCCUGCUGCCAACUUGAAUGCCUUGAGACCAGUGGAGGCUGGUGGGAGGAGAUAUAGGAGGACUGGCUCAUUGUAAUGGCUGGAAUGGAAUUGAUGGAACGGAGUCAAAUGUGGUUUCUAUAUGUUUGAUACUGUUCCAAAUAUUCCAUUCCAGCCAUUAUAAUUAGCCCGUCCUCUUAUAGCUCUUCCCACCAGCCUCCUCUGCUUGAGACUGCACUGUGUGUAGUAGGAGCUAGGGAGCAUUUAUCUUCUACUGGUUUGAGAGAAGACUUGUGACUUCACUGAUGCUCACCAGUGCCAGAAUGAGUGUGCACCAGAAUAGCCUCUCUUGUGUGGCAUCUCCUCAGAGAUAGGGUGAAUCUGCUGAAGAUUAAAUGUAUCACUGUGUUUUAUAGAAUAUUAUAAGCACCCAAGUAGUGGCAGUCCCAAGGAGCAGAAUGUAAAUCCUUGAUCUGUCACUAACAGUCAAUCUGGUCCGUAGAGCGCUUUAUCUGUAUAUUGCACAGAUACCCAUCAGAAACCCACAAUCUGUUGUGUAUAUGUGAAGUCACACCGGGCAUGAAACAUAGUAGCUUGUUCAUGAGCAUUGAUUAUUUGUGUACAAAUGAGAAUUAUUUGAUUACAAUGAGCCUGAUGCAGAACUACAGAAUUUUUUUAUUUCGAAAUGCAAUGUGGUGAUUAAUAUGCUCGUCCACCCUUAAGAGUACCUUCAUUUUUUUAAAUGCUGGCCUUUAGAUGUGUGUGUGUUUUUGAAUAAUUCCCUCAGGCAAAGGCAGUUGGUAUGUAUGGAAUCCGUUUACAGAUAUAGUAGAAUAGAGUAACAUAGAAACAGCAUGGUGUGUAUUGAGAAAAAUGUAACGCUGUCUUUGUUUUGCAGCUUGUGAACACUUCUCUGUCAAAGUGUCAUUGCUGUCUCCAAGAAAAAUCAGUACAUCGCAACUACAUCCAUCUUAUAAUGAGGAAAUCCCAACCGUUCACACCUAUUCUGUUUGCUUCAAAUGCAGGUUAUUAGUAAAAGGAAGUAGCCUUUUUGUUAGUCUAUCACCUUUCCUGAUCAGAUAAGCAUUUUUCUGAUAAUAACAUGACAUUUAAGGUUUUAUAUGUAUUACAAUAGUUGAUUGAAGUGUAGAUACAAAACCCACUCAGUGGUUGCAUUAGUAGUGGCACUGUAUGGAAUCACUGAGUUGAUUGGAACUGCAGACUGUCCCUUCAUUCGUUUUUUUUAGUUUGGCAACAUAGGCAAUGCAGCCAAACGCUUCCAAUCUUGACUUCCUUGUCUUAUUUCUAAAAUUAACUUGUGUUUCUUGAUCAAUGAUCGAAACCCCUAGCCUAGUGGUGCUCAAUUUAGCAGAAACUGAAUGAAAGCUCAGGCCAUACUCUCAUCUCAUAUGUUCCCAAGCAAAACAGGCGAAAUGGUUAUUCCUUUUCAAUUAUGUACGAUUUAUCAUCUCUGACAUCAUACAAGCAAUCACUGUAUCGACUCUAGUCAUGUUCAUACUAAUAUGUUAUGUAGUAGCAGCAGGCAUCUUCAAGCCUGUGUCAGGGUGCAACUCAAUAUUAGGAAGGUGUUCCUAAUGUUUAGUAUACUCAGUGUAUGUCUGUGAGCAUUUAUUCUCACACUCUGUCCCUCCCCAGGUAUUGACCCCACAGUUUGUAAAAUCGCCCAGAUGCUGUAACUGGGGAAGGUGAUCGAGUAACAGGGUGACCUGUACACAAUCAAAAUCCUCAGCCCCUUCUGCAACUACACUUUCUCUUUCAGAUUGGACCAGGAGUUCACCAAUGGGCUAGACAGAAAGCACCGCAAG